AUGGUAAAUAAAAACAUUAAGGGCCACAACCCCAAUCAAAACAGGGGUACAAGUAAAGGAAGAAAUAUUAGCAAGAAUAAUAAAAUUGCUAAAAAUAAAGAAGGAGGGAAAAAUUUAUAUACUUGGUAUAUAGAUAAUAAAAUUGCCGAAAAAAAAAAACAAAAUGAAGAUAUAGAAAAUAAUAAAGCUAAAUAUUUUGAAGAUGUUACUAUAAAUAAGAAUGUAGAAGAAUAUAUCAAUGUCAUAUGUAGAAUAAAAAAUAAUAUAAAUAAUAUAAAUAAUAAUAAUAAUAAUAAUAAUAACAAUGUUGAUGUGAUAAAAAAAAUUUCUUAUAAUAAAUUAGUUAUAGAUACAUUCCAUGUAGGCAAUAAGAGUUCUCUAAAUUUUGAAUAUACAUAUGAUAGAGUUUAUGAUAUAGAAAAUAAUAAUCAGAUGAUAUUUAAUGAUUAUAUAAAAAAUAAUAUUAAAAAUAUUUUUCAAGGUAUUAAUUGUAGUAUAUUAGCAUAUGGACAAACUAAUAGUGGAAAGACAUAUACGAUGCUAGGAAAUUUCGAUUUUUUAAAUAAUUUAUUUCAUCUUUGUAAAGAUAAAAGAAAUUAUCAUAAAAAUGAUAACCAAAAGAAUAAAACACAUGAUCAGAUAAAGAAUAAAAAUGAUGAUGAUGUUGUUAAUGAUGAUGUUGUUAAUGAUAAUGUUGUUAAUGAUAAUGUUGUUAAUAAUGAUGAUAAUAUAAAAAGUAAUAUUCAUAUGAAUAAGUGUGAUGAAAAUAAUGAUAUUCAUUUAACAUAUGAUGAACUAAUAAACUGUAUAACAAACGAACCUAAUAAUGUAGGUAUUAUACCUCAUUGUAUUAAUUAUAUUUUUAAUUAUAUAAAUUAUCAUAAACAAAAUGUUAAUGUUGAUAACAAAAUAAAUGAUAAGAUAAAAGAAUUUACGGUUACCUUAUCUAUUCUAGAAAUAUAUAAUGAAGUGAUUUAUGAUUUAAUAAGUGGAGAAAGCAAUUUAUCAGUACAUAUGAUAGAUUCAAACAAGAAUGAAUUUAUUAUAAAAAAUCUAAAAGAAGUUGAAAUAGAAAAUAUUAUUAGCGCACUCUAUUAUUUAGAACAAGGAGUCAAUAACAGAAAGAUAGCAUUUACACAUAUGAAUAAAGCUUCUUCAAGAUCACAUUUAAUAUUUAUUAUUAAAAUAAAUAGAUAUAUAUAUUCAACUAAUACCAUAAGAUGUGGUAAACUAUGUCUUGUAGAUUUAGCAGGCAGUGAAAGAUUAAAACAAACUAAAGCAACUGGAUCUAUUAAAAUAGAAACUACAAUGAUUAAUAAAAGCUUAACUGUUCUAAGCAAGGUUAUUAAUUCUUUAGCAAUCAUGCAAAUAAAGGAAAAAAUAGAAAAGAAUAUGAAAGAAAAGGAAAAGGGCAAGCAUAUAGAUGACAACCACAUGGAUCAAAAUAAUAUGAAUGAUACAAAUAAAAAACAAAAUAAUUUAAGUGUUCAUCCUGUUGAGGGAUAUGAUAAUCAAAUUGAUGUUCAUAAAAAUCAUCAAGAAGAUACAUUGAAUACACAACAUAAUAUAAACAUCAAUAAUAACAACAAUCAUAUAAAUAAUUCAAGUCAUAAUACACAUUCUGGUAGUUCUAAUGUACAUAUUCCUUAUAGAGAUUCUAAACUUACAAGAGUAUUGUCAGAUAGUCUAGGAAAUAAUUGUAAAAGCAUUUUGAUAUGCACAUUGUCUUCACAGUUACAAUAUUUAAAUGAAACUGCAUCUACAAUAAAAUUUGCUCAAAGAGCUAAAAUGGUAAAAGCCAAACCAAUAGUAAGAGAAGAAAAGGUAGAAACUGAAAAGGAGUUAGAUGCAAAGGAAAAAAAUAAAAACAAAAAGAUAAAAAUAAACAAAAAGAAAAACAAAAAUAAUAAUAAUAAUGAUGACAAAAGUGAUGAUACAAGUGAUGAUAAUAAUAAUGAUGGUAAUAAUGAUAAUUAUGAUGAUGAUAAGAAUAACCCAUGUGAUAAUAAAUUAAAUAUUUUUCUCAAUUUUAAUAAAAAUCAUAUAACCAAAGAUAUCAUCUUCUUUUGUUUUAGUCUUUGUAUUUUCAGCUACAUAUGCGGAUUUAAGAGCACUGGCAAGGUGAAAUAUUUAGACUUCUUUAUUGAGUCAUAUAAAAAUAAAAUCGACAUUAUUAAAGAACAACUCAAUAAAAGUGAAGACUCAAAUAGAAAUGAUAUAAAUGAAUAUCUGAUUAAAACAUUUGACGAUUUAAAACUGUUAACGGAAGAAGAGAGACAAAGAAAUAUUAAAUUAAAUAUGGAAAAAUUAAAAAAAUAUAAACAUGAUAAUAAAAAUAUAAUCAACCCAAUACAAAACAAACAAGAAAAUGAUGAACACGCUUUGACCUUAAGAAAUUUAGUUAAGGUAGAUCCAACAUUAAUUUCAAAAUAUGAUAUACAAAAGGGAUAUGAACAUAAUAAUAAUAAAAAGGUAGAUUAUGAUGAUGAAAGGGGUCAUCAUAUAAAAAAUCUAGAUGAUAAUAACAAUGAUGAUAUACAUAUAAAUAACAAUGAUAAUACACAUAUUUAUGAUAAUGAUGAUGAUGAUAUAUUAAUAGGUGAUAUAUUAGUAAAGAUGAAAAACGACAUAUGUAAUAUUAUAAAAUUCAAUUUGACUAGCUUAAAAUCUAAUAAGAAAGAAAACGAUGAAAUAUUUGAAGAAAUAUUACACAUAGUAAAUUCUGUAAAAGAAAAUAAUAAUAUUUUUUUAAUAAAUGAAUUAAAACAUAAUUUAAACGAUAAUAUAACUGAUAAGGGAAAUAAUAAAAUAGAUGACAUAUUAAAUGAUGAUAAAACAAAGAAAAAAAAAAAUAUUCAAUCGGAUAAUAUAAAUAUGCUAGAUGACAUCACCACCAAUAAUAAUAACAAUAAUAAUAAUAAUAAUAAUAAUAGGGUUAGUUUUAAGGCUAUAAAAAAUAUGAAUAUUGUUAAAAAGUAUUUAAAAAAAGAUGACAUAAAUAAAAAUAAGAAUACAAAAUCAAUUUUAAAUAUAAAUAAUAAUAAAGAUGAUAAUAAAUAUUAUCAAGAUAAUAAUUAUGAUUCUUAUUAUGAUGAUAAGAAUAAUUAUAAUUAUAAUUAUAAUAGUUGUGAUGAUAAAAAUGUUGAUAAUAAAAAAAAAAAAAAUAAAAAAAUAAUAAUACAUAAUAAUAUAAGAGACAAAAAUGAUAUAUUAUAUUAUCAAAUAUUUGCACAAAAAAUAUUAAGUGUUACAAAUAUAGAGAAUAUAUUUAAUUAUAUAAAUCAUAAUUACACAAAAUUUAUUAGUGAUUUUACUACAGACAAAAGUACUGUAUUUUCAAAUUUCGAUCUUAAAGAAAAUCUAGAUAGACAAAUUAUAGAAAAAAAUAAUUCUAUAUAUAAUUUUAUACAUUCAGCUACAAUGUUUCAAAAUAGUCAAACAUUAAAAAAUUUAAACAGUAAUUAUUUUAUUAAUAAAAUACAAACAGAAAUAUAUAAUAAUAAUUAUCCUCAUAUUAUUCAUAUGAAAUAUAUGCCAAGUUUAAAUAUUGAACAAAAUAUUAUUACACAAAAACAAAAUGAUUUUUUAGUUACUACACCUGUAAAAAAAAAUCUAUCACAAAUUAAUAAGGAAUAUAAAGAUAAAACACAAACAUAUAAAUCUAUUAAAGAUAUAAUACCUGAUCAUAUAACAGAUCAAAAUGAUAUAACAUAUACAAUUAAUAAGAGUGUCACAUUUUUUAAUCCACAAGAAGACCAUAAAAAAAAUUUACAAGAAUUUUCAUCGAAUAAAAAUAAUAUACAUACAGAUGAUAACAAAAAAAAAGAAAUGGACCAGAAAAAUAUGACUUUCUUGAAUCAAUUAUCAGAUGAAAAUAAAAAUUUACAAAAUGAAACUAGCCAUUAUAGUACUCUUAAUAAUAUAAAUAAUAGUAAUAAUAAUAAUUUGAUGAAUUCAAAGCAUACAACAAAUCACAGUAAUAAAAUCAAAUCAUAUGAACUACAAGAGAAAAAAGAAAAAACUUCCAAAAAAAAAGAAUCAUCUGUUCAUAAUAUAAACGUCUCAGAUUUAAGUCAAAAUUCUUUAGAAUUUACAAAAUUAUUAGAUGAUAAAGAUUUUAAAAAGUUAUAUGAAUAUUUAAUAGAUAAAGAAAAUACAAAUGAUGUUAAUACAUGCAUACAAAAAGAAGAACAUGUUAAUAAUGCUCUUAAUCAAUUAGAAUGUAAAAUUAAUGGGGAAAUCAAAAGAGUCAGUGAUCAUAUUGUAGUAGAAUAUUCAGCAAAUAAUAUAAAUCAAAAUAUAAAUCAAAAUACUAACACAAAAUAUAAUAGUAUCAAAAAAAAUGAUAUCUAUAAUAAUAUUGAUAAUAAUAAUAUGAUGAUGGUGGUAAAAAAAAAGAAAGAAAAAAAUAAUAAUAACUUAGAUAUAUCUUAUUUAGAAAAAAAAAGAAAUACAAAUUUAUUCAUUAAAAAAAUAUUCCAUAUUAUUAAAAAUAUUUUUCAAAAGAAAGAUUUUAAAGAACCCAUCGAAAUAAAUGUUUCUGAUAUUAUUGAUAAUGAAUUAUUAUAUAAUAAAAAAUUAUUAGAAAAAAAUUUAGACUCAUAUAAUAUCAGAAACUUUUUUAUAAAUAAUAAAAAAAUAUAUCUAUUAAAUGAAUCUGAAUAUUCUCAUUUAAGAGAAUUGAUUAAUUAUAAAAAUAAAAUGUUAUCAUAUCUUAAUGGGGAAUAUAAAAAGUAUAAACACGCUUCUCAAUAUAAAACAUAA